AUGGCUGCAACAGCGAGCGCCAUCUACAAACGAGUUGCAGAACUCCCCGUUUUCACAUCCGCGUCGUUCAUCUCACGAACCCAGAUUUCGAUUGAAAGCAGCAUACGAGAUCAUGUCAACAAUACGAAACGAAUCUUUCUACAAGAAGCUCUCGUAAAUCUACCGACAAAUGACAACCCACAAGGCAAAGCCUGGCUAUCUACUCCACUCGAACGCGGAGAAUCUGUCAUUGCGAGGGUCAUAUCAUCCUCCGGAAGGCGCAUUGCGCUUCUCAAAGAGACUGCUGGUCCACCAAAGAAACGAUAUGUGGAGGUUUGGAACGGCGAUGAGCCAGAGCUCAUACUCGAGACAACUUCGCGCCAUGGGAGCUUUUACGGAGAUGCCACGUUCUCCAGCCUGUGUUUCUCACAGGACGAGAAGUCGCUCCUAUAUACAGCCGAAGCCAAUACAAAGGAAGAAGAUCCGAAGGAUCCAUUCAAGAAGUUUGCCUAUGAUCAGUCCUACGGCGAGACUUUCAUCGGACGUCGUUCGCCUACACUAUUCUGGCUGCGAUGGGCAGUCACGCAUACACUCAAACCAGCAUAUGAACUCCGUAAAGUAACUGCCAACAUCUCUGGUAUCCCAAACAAUCUGGCUUCGCACAAGUUGGAGGAACCCCCGAUUUUCUCUCUCGGACAAGGAACGUUCGCCUCACGAGACGGAUUGGAUGUUUUAGCCACGGCUUAUCUGCGUAGUGAUGGUGAUAGGAAGCUCGGAAUUGUAUAUUGCGCCAACCGACCGUCCGUCAUUAUCAAGUUCAGUCUUCCCAAACUACCGGAACCAAGCUUGGAGGAGGUAAGCAAGGAGGAAAAGGGUCAGAAUGCAGAAAAGAAGCAGAAACAGGAGGUAGAAGUAGAUGCGGGCGUCAUCUCAACAGCGGAUCCAUCGCGCUCGCCCCGCGUUUGGUUCCCACCAGAAGAUGAGCCUUCCAGCGCAGAAUUUGGGAACCCUGUUGCUAUCUGGCUUAGUAGUGCCAAGGAGCCACAUGGAUCAUGUGGACGAUUACACCUUGCAGAGCUCACAAAAGGCAAGGUUCAUCUCCUUGAUGUACUUACAUCCCGGAUCCUCGUUGAUACGGUCUGGGAGUCUUCCAAACCCGUAGACAACGGGGGCUUUCCGGGACUCUACGUCAAUCAACUUCCGUCGAAUCCAGUUGUCACCAUUUCCGACAAGCCACACGCUAUAUGCGUAUCGAAUUGGGGUUGUUAUCAAGUCGUUGUUGCAGUCCCUUUACGAGGUGACACCGGAGCGCACGACGUCAUUCGUGUGCCAUGCCCGCCUGGGAUGGGCUCUGUAAGCUUCGCCAACAGCGAUGGAAAGUGUGCGAUAGUUGUCUCGGCAACGCAUCCAACGGCACCAAACGAGAUCUUCGUCGCGAACGAUAUUUCGGACGUCUCCUCGAUUGAAUGGUUACAAGUGACAAAAACUGGGGAUAGAGUUAAAGACCUGACCGAGCACCUCGCUGCAGGGGUCAUCGACAUUAAAGAUCGAUACCCCGUUCAAACGAUUCACUUGACAUCAAAAAGGUCCAAAGAUGCGCCAUUAAUCACUAUGCCGCAUGGUGGACCACAUAGCGUGACACCAUUUAUGUUCUCUGUCGAACUUGCCGCGCUCGCAAACUGCGGAUACUCAAUCUCAUGUCCAAACUAUACCGGUUCCCUUGGAUACGGCCAGAAAUGGGUAGAAGCGCUACUCGGAAAGAUCGGUCGUCUUGACAUAGACGACGUAAUGGCAAGUAUUGAUACGCUGGUCGACUCUGGGAUGGCGAAAAAGAGUCGGAACAAGCAACUCUAUAUGGGCGGGAGUCAUGGAGGGUUCAUUGGAGCUCACGUGAUUGCGCAAUUUCCUACACAUUUCUCUGCGUGCGUACUACGAAAUCCAGUGAUCAAUGUCGGGAGUAUGGUCAGCACGACGGAUAUUCCGGACUGGACGACAGUCGAGUGCGGCGUUCCUUACGACCCGUCAUCCGUCCUGACACCUGCAUCCUACUCCGACCUCUAUGGCAUGUCUCCAAUCCAAUACGUUGACAAGGUAGAAACGCCAGUCCUCUUGAGAAUUGGAGAUGUAGAUCAACGCGUCCCUCCAAGUCAAGGCAAAGAGUAUUAUCAUUUGUUGAAAGCGAGGGGAAUGGGUGAACGCGUGCAGAUGCUGUGGUUCCCGGAGAACGGACACCCGUUGGAUAAAGUCGAGGCGGAGAGGGUCGGUUGGGAUGCGCAGCUUGCUUGGUUCCAAAAGUAUGGUAGUAAUACCUCUUUCUCUGGCUGA